AUCAUCAAACGUGGAGUGGUGCCAAAUCUCAGGCAGCCAGAAGAAAGCUUUGGCACCAAAAGAGCUUUGAUGGUGAGAGGAACAAAGAUGAGACAGCUCUGAGUGAGAAAAAGAGCACUGAGAUUCCUCCAGCUCACAGAAAGGGAAGCCCUGCUGCUCUCUGUGCCUGGGCACAGACCUGUGUGCCUGAGAGCCCUGCUGUGAUCUGUGCCCCUUCCAGGAUGAUCCCUCUGUCCCUCGGGGCAGCCUCACACUCAGCACCUUCCAGCCCUUCCAGGAACUGGGCUGUGGAUGGCGCAGGCACGGCUGGGACGUGGACUCCUGCAAAGAGCCUGUGCAGACCAAGAAGGGACGAUUUCGGGGAUCAGGCAGACUCAAGGGGUCACAGAGUACAGCAGGAUAAACCUCCCUGCUCCCUGCAUCACCCACCUGACCCCCCUGCAGGGAGCAGGUCAUUCUUGGCUGACCCUUGGGGCACCUGCAGCAACGCUCCCAUGGACCACCUUUCAGCAGCCAGCAAGGCCAGUGAUCAGAAGCUGGAAGAGCUGUGGAAAAAAUCACCCCCAAACAAGUUGGAGCAACUCAAGAAGAGGAUCCAGGAGCAGAAGCAAAGGCAGCAAGCAGCACCUUGGGAGCAGAAGCCCCUGAUUUCUGCUAAAGAGCCACUGCCAAAAAGAGCCGUGAAGAGAAAGGUGUGCAGGGUGGGCUCUGCUCCUCCUGCUCCAGCUUACAGAGACCAAAGAGAGAGAAGCUCAGCACGGAGAAUCCAAACAGAAAACCAGAGGCAGCCUCCACCCAAAUCCUCCGUUCUGGGGAGAGCAGCAGCAGGGAAAGGUGUGAAGCUGCCUGGUGCUUCUGCGUGGAGAGAAGGUCAGAAGUUGGCCAGAAAGUUGCUUGGUCCACCCCCUGAAUUUCCAAAUCUGAGGAGCACAGCUGAAGAGCAGAGCACAGCAAACAGCCUCGAAGUUGGUAGAGGAUUUGUGGCCGUGCCAGCGAUGGAAAACGGCUGGAGAGACAAGGGAAAUGGAGCUGUGGGGAAGAGCCCUGCAUUCCAAAGCCGCCAGGCUGUGGAAAGGAUCAGCACUGCACCAGCUGAGGAUACCAACCAACCACUCUGGAACCUCCACUUGCCAAGCCAGUCCCAUGAUGAAAACAGGCAUACCAGCCCUGAGAUCGUUCGGGAAUUUAUGCAGCGCAAAAAGGAAGAAAGAAAGAAAAAACUCCUUGAAGAGAAAAAGUCCUUGGUGGAGGCUGCAGAGGUGAGGAAGAAGAGGUUGCAAGAGGUGUACAGGAAACAGAAAGAAGCUGUUGGGAAGAAAUCACAUCCUAUAAAGGUGCACAAGUUCACUGGGAAAACAGCUCCUGCAAAAGGAGAUCCUCAGUGCGAAUUUGAGCAGAAAGAUGCAAAACCUUCCUCCAAGGGCUGGACUCCUGGUUUUUCUCCUCAGAGAAGCAAACAGGAUCGAGUGAAAGCCAUUCACAGUCUGUCCAAGGAGCUUGAAGAAAAGAUUGACGUGGCAACCAAGAGGCUGAGUGGAGCAAACUGGAACCUGAGAGUUCUAGGAACAAGGAAGACAGCACACUGA